AUGGCUGAAGCUGCUGCAUCUUCAUCUGAUACAACUCAAGCAAAAUCUCCAGCUAUUUCAUUUAUAAAUUCAGAUAAAGAAAAAUCUUUACUCAUAGUAGAUGAAUAUGUUUUCAAAUUGAAUAAAACAACAGCAACUACUAAGUAUUGGAUAUGUACGCUUAAUGGAUGUUCAGCUAAAUUUACUGCAGGUUUAGAGGCUAGACCAAAACAAGCUAAAACAUUUGCUAUUCAACGUCGUAUGGAUAAUCUUGGUAAACGAUAUUAUGAUGGUGCUAUAAAUCCCUAG